UCCCGGACAUACCCCAUAUUUUUGCUACUGGGUAGCAUGGGAGUGUACUGCAGCCCCGCUAAACAAUAUUUGUUCAUCGAGAGGCUCAUCGCCUGUAUGGACGAUAACAUGCCUCCCCAUUUACGCCAUGCAGCUCUUCGCGCUGCUCACAGUGCCCGAGAAGAAAUAGCCUCGAUCGAUGCCAUGGAUGACAGGCUACGAGACAUAGUUUUGACCAAGCUCUCCCCCACUAUUUCUGUCCGUACAACACCCGCCAAUGAUGGUCCUGAACCACUUUUUCGAUUAUCGCCGCGAUUUAUGCUAUCUGAACUAGUUUUUGCCCUCGCGAGGAAUUCCAACUGUACUGCGUUUCCGAAUCACCCACACCACCAUGCCUUUUACAUAGCUGGUAUCUUCCUUCGAAUCACACCUGAACAGAAGUCGGAUACAUCACUUGAUUCUGUUACAGGACAACAGUGCGCGUGGAACAGUGUUCUCUAUGACAUUGACAACCCACGCGGUUUCGAGCUCCUUCCUGUCCUUGUGGAUUGGCACGAAGAAGUAUAUGGAGAUGCUUCAAAAUCUGAUCUCGAGGGGCUCAUCGGAAAAGUGGAUCGGUUUCUCGAACGUCUGGAGGAGGAGUUGCAAUGGAAGAGGCGAUGGCAGGAGAUGCGCCUCAGGCUGGAGAUGGGACCGGAGAUGGGACUGGAGAUGCAAGGUUUAGAGCAGGGAGAGGGGAUCAUCAUUGCCGUGAAGGAGUUAAGGACUGCAGCCAGCAACAUGUUGGAGAGCUUUGGUCAUAAUUAUUAGUCCCCUAAUUAUGACGGUGCUUGCAUGUGGUGUUA